AUGGCGUUCGGGUUUGGCGGCGGCGGCGGCUUCGGCCAAAACAACAAUAACAACAAUCAAGCCGGCGGGUUUGGUGGAUUUGGUAAUACAACCGCGACGCCAGGGUUCGGCUCCACUGGCAACAAUGCAUUCGGCGCAGCAAACAACGCAAAUACCACUGGAGGCGUGUUUGGCGGUGGCGGCAAUGCUGGGUUUGGGGGAGGCAACGCAGGCGGCUUCGGGGCCGGUGGUUUUGGGGCCAAACCUGCCUUCGGCACACCGACUACUAGUAGCGCUACACCAGGAGGACUCUUCGGCAGCGGAGCCACGACAGCGACAGCAAACGCCGGAGGAUUCGGCGGUGGAUUUGGCGCAGCAAAUAACAACCCGAGCACGCCCUUCGGCGGCGGUGCUACUAACUCCCUCUUCGGUGCUGCGAAACCGGCCACGACUGGCUUUGGCGCCGGUAACGCAGGAUUUGGUACCACUACCAAUAGUGGUAUGUUUGGUGGGGGCAACGCUGGUGCAGGUGGCUUUGGCGCUUCGGCCAACCCGGGCAUCGGUACCAACGUCGGCGACCCUCCCGGCACGGGCGGUGUCCCGUUCGCCGCGACAGUGGAGAAGGAGCCCACCAGCAGCACGCAGAGCAACUCGUAUCAGAACAUCCUCUUCAUGGACGCCUACAAGAAAUUCUCGGCGGACGAGCUUAGGCUAGCAGACUACCGCCAAGGCAGGAAGACCGGAGGUACCGGUGGCACCGGGGCGUUUGGAGGCACCAACUUUGGCGCUGGAGGCAAUGCUUUCGGGGCUAACCAGGGCAACGCUGGGUUUGGUGCUAACGCUGCUGGUGGUGGUGUGUUUGGGAACAACAACCAGCAAGCGGCGGGUGGGUUUGGCGCGGCCAACAACAACGCAGCGGGCGGCUUCGGUGCGGCCUCUGGAGGAGGCGGCCUCUUCGGCAACAAGCCCGCUGGUGGUGGGCUAUUUGGGAAUACCCCAGCUGCCCAGCCUGCUCAGACCGGCGGUGGACUCUUUGGUGGUGGUGGUGCUGCCUCGAAUGCGUUUGGUGGUGGUGCUACUACUGGGAACGCCGGCUUUGGCGCCAACAACAACGCCGCGGGGGGUGGCUUGUUCGGAAACAACAACAACACUGCUGCCAAACCCGGCGGCUUUAGCUUUGGCAACACCGGCGCUGGCACCACUGGUGCUACCACGGGCAACGCAUUCGGCGGGAAUACCCUUGGCACGACGUCCGGCGGCUUUGGCGGACUCGGCGGCAACGCUGCAUCGGGCGGUGGUGGCCUGUUCGGAAACGCCAAUCAAAACAACACAGCUGGUGGCGGUCUGUUUGGAGGCCAACAACAGCAGCAACAACAGCAGCAGCAACCUGCUAACUCAGCAUUUGGUGGAGGUGGUGGUUUCGGAGCGCAGACCCAAAACGCAGGUGGCGGCGGCUUGUUUGGGAACCAGGCACAGCAACAACAGAAGCCCGCCGGCGGCCUUUUCGGUGGCACGGCCACGACGAACGCGACACCCGGCGGUGGUCUCUUUGGUGGUGGUGCUAACACUGGCGCUACGGCCGGCUUUGGUGCAGCAAACACGGCACAAAACGCAGGGGGCGGCCUCUUCGGAGGAAACAAGCCGGCGGCCACUGGUGGUGGUCUGUUUGGCGGUGGUGCCACGAACCAGGCCGGCGCGACUGGUGGUGGACUCUUUGGCGGCCUUGGUGGUAACACCCAAACGCAGCAACCCCAACAGCAGGGUGGUGGUCUCUUCGGCGGACUUGGUCAGAGCACGCAAGCCAAGCCGUCUCUGUUCGGCGGCUCGACGACUGGGGGUGGCGGUCUCUUUGGUGGCCAGCCCGCACAGCAGCAGCAACAGCAGCAGGGCGGUGGUUUGUUCGGGACCACCAACAACCAGCAGCAGCCGCAGUUGGGCAACUCUCUCCUCGGGGCCUCGCAGGGCCAGCAGGCGCAGCAGCAGGCGUUCAACGCUAGUAUCCACGACAUCUCUGCGUAUGGCGCCGCUACGCUCUUCUCGGGGCUUCCGGACGACAAGGUGCAGAACCCAGGCCCGUUGGCGACACCGCUGUCGGGCAAGUCCAAGGUGAAGAGCCGGUCGAUUCUGCCCAUGUACAAGUUGAGCCCGGCCAACGCCUCGCGCCUGGCUACGCCGCAGAAGCGCGGGUACGGGUUCUCCUACAGCGCGUACGGGUCGCCAGCCAGCCCGUCGAGCGCGUCCAGCACACCCGGCGGGUUCUCGCAGAGUCUCCUUCUCGCGGGCAACGCCAACCGCGGCCUGAGCAAGAGCAUCUCGGCCAGCAACCUGCGGCGCAGCUUCAGCGUCGAGGACAGUAUUCUCCAGCCGGGUGCCUUCUCGGCCAGCUCGGCCUCUCGCCUGGGUAACGGUAGCGGCCACAAGAAGCUGAUUAUCAACAAGGAGGUGCGGAACGACCUGUUUGUGUCGCCGACCCCGGAGAAGCUGGCUAUUGAGGAUGCCAGUGGCCCACGCAAGCUGACGAAGCGCGUGAGCUUCGAUACCAGCACCGAGGCAUCGACUCCCACCACACGACCUGCCGGCACGCUGGAGAACAGCAGCAACAACUCCGGCACCGACGAGCAGCAAACCAAGUCUAAUGGCACCAGCAGCACUAACGGCACUAACGGCAUGAAUGGCGCCAAGUCGCCCUCUGUCACGGUUACGGCUGCCGCUGCGCAGGUUGAACCGGUCAAGGGUAAUGAGCUGGCCAUCGUUCCCGAGGAGGAGUCGCCGGUUGCUGUGCGCACCGAGAAGCAGUCUGGUAACGGUUCGUCCUCGGUCGAACCGGGCGGCUACUGGACAUCGCCUCCGCUAGAGGAUCUCCGGGCCAUGAACCGGGUCCAGCGCCAGCGCGUUCCGGGCUUCAUCGUCGGCCGCGAGAAGGUCGGCAGUGUUGCGUUCCAGGUCCCCGUCGACCUCAGCAACAUCAACCUCGAUGAGCUGUUUGACAACAUCGUCAUCCUGGUGCCCCGCUCGGCCACCGUCUAUCCCGUCGCGGCUAAGAAACCCCCCGUCGGCAAGGGCCUGAACGUCCCGGCCGUCAUCUCGCUGGAGCACUCGUACCCACGUGGUGGUCUCGCCACCGUGGGUCGCCGCCUCGAGCGCCACAUUGAGCGUCUCAAGACGGCCAUUCCCGACACCAAGUUUGUCAGCUACGAUAAGGAGAUGGGUGUCUGGACAUUCUCAGUGGAGCAUUUCACAACCUACGGUCUAGGUGACGACGAUGACGAUGACGAUGACGAGACCGAAGCCGAGUCCGUCGGCGCUCGCGUCCGCGUCCGCAAGCAACAACUGCUCUCCCGCGCGGCCCCGGCCGUAUCUGAUGUUGUAGUCAAGAAGGACUCUAGUUCCCCUUCCAACCCCGACGACACAUUCGAGUUCAAGCGUAGCCGGCGCGCGGUCCCGGGCGCUUUCGACGACGACGAUGCCGCGCUGUCGGACAUUGAAGAGGCUCCCCAUGCGGACGCCGGUUUUUCGCGUCAACAUCAACGUCAGGGUACGCUGUCGCCUGAGCCCCAAGAUGCCGAUGCCCCGCUGCCCUCGCGGGAAUGGCCUGAAGAUGAAAGCAUGGCUGACGGACCCGAUGAUUACCAGCUCGAAGCCUAUGAAGAGGGGUCUCAGCAGGGAUCCGUCGUCGACGAUGCCGGCUAUUACAACAACAACGAAGCCUACGACUACCCCAACGACAGCUACUACGAGGCACAGGUCCCUGCUGGCAUCAUGAGGGCGCGCAUGCGGGCGUUCAAAAAGUCGCAUGCGCCGACGCGGAUUGAGGUGACGGGUGGAGACGAUUGGACGCAGAUCUUGCAGGCGAGCGUGCGGGCGCCCAGGACGGUGGAUCGGGCGACGUUGCGCGCGCUCAAUGAGUCGGGAGCGGUCUGGGAUGAUAUUGAUGAUAAUAACAAGGAGAAGGGCCAGGAUCAGGGCAGCCCUACUGCUGCCCGACAGAGGAGGAAUGCGGCACCUGUUGUGCCGGAUGGCGCGGGGUUUGCUACGAGUAUCGAUUUGAUGAAGUCUCUUUUUGAGCAGGCGAAGGGGCCUGUUCCGUCGCCGCAGCAGAAGCAGCACCAGCAGCAGUCGUCGCCGGCGAAGGGUUUCGUGAAGUGGCCUUACCAGCAACGUCCCAAGGUUGAUCACCCGGAGGAGGGCCCCACCAUUCCGCGCACCAACUGGGGUCCCAACGAGCUCCUCGUCACUGCUCACCUCGGCGAGCCUAGCCUGCAGCCUGUCGAUGGCGACAACUUGGCAUCUCCCACCGAGAAAUCGUCGGCUGCGUCGCCUGAGAACUUGGCUCGUCUUCAGCACUACAUCGACAGCGUGGCGGUUUGGGACGGUCAGCACCAGGUGGUUAACGUCAACGCUAACCAGGAGUUCCGCGACCUGGCCCAGGGGGAUGUAGCUUGGGACCUAGCCUCGCUGCUGUUCGACGAAAACGGGUCUAAGCUGCCCGCGUUCUGGCGACAGUUGGUGUCGGAGGCCACCGACCGCGCGCUGGCGCAGCCAGGGCUGGGGUUUGAGGAGAAAGCAAUCCUCGCGCUCGCGGGUAAUCGCGUGGGCGAUGCGUGCGGCCAUCUACUUGCCGCGGGCAACUUCCGUCUCGCCACUCUGGUGUCGAAUAUCGGUUUACAGAACAAGGAUAUCAAGGCGCAGCUGUCGGACUGGCGCGAGUCGAAUGUGCUGGCCGAGUUCUCGCCGGCGAUUCGCGCGCUGUAUGAGUUGCUGGCCGGUAACGCGAGCGUCUGCGUUGGGGUCAAGAACGUGCCGAUCGAGAACCGGGUGGACUCGUUUACUAUCUCGGGGCGCUUUGGGCUGGACUGGAUGCGGUCGUUCGGUCUACGUCUGUUCUACACCACCGGCUCCACAACAUCAACUACCAACGUAGCCGAAGCCGUCCGUUCAUUCCAAGCCGACAUCGAACAAGGCCGCGAACCCGAACCCGACAGCAGACUCUGGUCCCUCCUCAAAGCAUUCGCCACGCAAGACUUCGACUGGGCCGACAGCCCCCGGCUCGGCUGGCUCAUGACCCGCGCCAUCUACGCCACGGGCAAAGUCUCCUUCGGCCAGGACGCUGCGGAGAAACUCGACAUGGCAUCGCUGUCUUUCGCUUCGGCGUUGACGGUCCACCCGCACUGCCACUGGGUCCCGGCUACAUUUGUGCUGCUGCAGUUGUCUGAUGCUGCCUCGCGCGAGGCGGCUGUGCGGGACCAUCUUGGGAGACAUGCCCAUCGUAUCAGCGCUCCGCCGCGGAAUAUUCCCAGCAACAACAAAACCAACGGCGACGGAAACAAAGAAAACACAUUCACAGCCCUCCUCACCCUCGGCGUCCCCCCGCCCUGGAUCUGGGAAGCCAAAGCCCUCGACUUCCGCGCCCGCGGCGCCUCACAGCAUGAGUUUUUGGCACUUGUCUGGGCUGAGAACUAUGUCGAAGCCCACGCGGCAUUUGUCCACCGUGUUGGUCCAGACCUGGUCAUUGCGCGGUCUUACACCCGGUUGUUCCGUUUCGCACAGCUGUUGUACAAAGUCCGGGAUCGGAUUCCAGGGUGGAAGAGCGGUGGCGCGGUGGUGUUCUUGUUAUUCCCCAUGGCUCGGGUCCAAUCUCCCCAGAAUGGUCCUGCUACUACUACCGGGAAGGGUGGGAAAGGAAGGGUGAGAGUAGUAGACAAAUUCGACGAACAACUACUCGACGGGCUGGUCGCAUUGCGCGCGGAGACGCAUGGGGAUAUCAGGCAGGAGGCGGCGAUUGCGGAUAUGGCGGAGGAGUUGAUUCGGUGUCGCGGGGGGGAUGCGAGGUUGUUUGGGCUGUUGCCGGGGGAUGUGAGGGGGAGGUAUGUGAGGGCGCAGGCUUUGGAGGGGAUUCGUUAA